GAAGACAGGAGCGGAAAGGCAGUGAGUUGUUCAUAAUGGCAGCAGAGGAAAUUAAUAAAGACUAUCCAACAGAAAUUCAUGAGUAUUUACCAACAUUUGAGAAUUCUAUUGGUGCCGUCGAUGAGCUGCUGAAGACCAUGAUGUCUGUUUCUAGAAAUGAGUUGUUGCAGAAGUUGGACCCACUUGAACAAGCAAAAGUGGAUUUAGUUUCUGCUUACACAUUAAAUUCAAUGUUCUGGGUUUAUUUGGCAACUCAGGGAGUUAAUCCUAAGGAACAUCCAGUAAAGCAGGAAUUGGAAAGAAUCAGAGUAUACAGGAACAGAGUCAAGGAAAUCACAGACAAGAAAAAGGCUGGCAAGCUGGGCAAAGGUGCAGCUUCAAGAUUUGUAAAAGAUGCCCUCUGGGAACCAAAACCUAAAAAUGCAUCCAAAGCUGCCAAUAAAGGGAAAAGUAAAAAUUAA